CAGCAGACAUGAAAUCCUCCAACGAGCUCGUCAGGCAGUUUGGAUAGUUUCUCCGCUGACUGCAAACUACACCAGAAGUCUCUGCUGCGGCACACUGACACUCACACUCAGUUCAUAUGCUGAAGGUGGAGAGAAGACUCAGCGCAUGAGGAUCUGUGAAGGAUUUUCUGACAGGUGCAUUUGCUAAAUGAAGAAAAUUUAUGUUGGACAGAUUUCUUUGUGAAGAUCAACAUCGCUGAAUUGAACCACAGCUGCAAAAUGACAGCUGCCACAAAGCUACUGGAUGAGAUGUGCCACCUGACGGCUCAGUCUCUGACACCAAUGGUCACGUCAGAGCACUUCAAGGUCCUGAAGCUCCUGGGCGAAGGCUCAUACGGCAAAGUCAUGCUGGCUGUUCACAGGAAGAGAGGUACUCCGAUGGCUCUGAAGUUCUUCCCUCGUGAGUCCACCCCUCUUGUCUCUUUCCUGAAAGAGUAUAACCUCUCUCUGUCAUUCUGCACUCACCCGUCCCUGACCAGAGCCCUGGGGAUCGCCUACUCAACACCGUCGCACUACGUCUUCGCUCAGCAAGCUAGCCUUUUCGGCGAUCUCUUUGAUGUCAUCUUGCCUGAGGUUGGAAUGGAGGAGGACUGUUGUCAGCGCGUGGUGUCCCAGCUGUGUGGUGCUCUGACCCACCUGCACUCUCUUGGUUUUGUCCACAGAGACCUCAAACCGGAGAACGUCUUCCUGUGUGACUCCGCCUGCCGAUGGGUCAAGCUAGGAGACUUUGGCAUGGUGAAGGCCAGGGGCACCAGGGUCCCAGAGGUCUGGUACAGCUCUCCUUACUGCACCCCUGAGGCCGAGAUUGCUCGCGGAAACGAGGACAGCUGGAGGAGCACGAGCGACGGGAAUGAUGGCGUUAAGGAGGAUGAAGAGAUGGAAAAGAAGGCCAGAGUUUGGGUGUCUGUGGAGCCUAGCACAGAUAGCUGGGCGCUGGGGAUCUUGACCUACGCUAUGCUCACCGGCAGUCAUCCCUGGGCUGAAACAGCCAGCGACUGCCGCGCGUACCUGAAGUAUGAAGAGUGGUUCAACCAAACAGAAGGCCCCGAUGAUGAACUGGAUGUAUGGGCGGAGCCGCAGGGCGAGAGCACACAGGAUUUGAUUGGGGUAGAGACUGGAAGGAAAGACCACCCUCCUGUAGCGCCCCAAUUUGCAUGUUUCACGCUGCUGGCCCGCUCCUUCUUCCGGUCGCUCCUCAACCCAAGGCCCCGGUAUCGUGGACGACCCGAGGUUGCGUUGAAUUAUCUCGGAGGUGACUGGGUGAUGGAGAAGGAGAGGGUGAGGCUGGAGGAAGAGAGGAAGAAGAGCAGAGGGAAAGGAGCAAUCAGGAGCAUGAAGGAGAUGGACGGGAGAGGAGAGAGAUAAGGAGACUGGGAAAUAAUGAAGCAAUUUUUACACUAAAUCAUGGGCUAUAUCAAGGACAUGAGAUGUUCAGGUUUAUUAUUGAACCUGACUAAUAUUGUUUUUAGUUUUAUUUGCCUCAAAAAGGGGUUGUUGUCAUAAGCUAGAAACACUGUAGGGCCUACAGUAGAUAAACACAUAAACAUUCUCCAGUUCAAUCUUCUCAAAUAUGAGAAUUUGCUGUAUAUAUAUAUAUAUAUAUAUAUAUAUAUAUAUAUGUGCAGCCCAACUGAAAAGACAAAGAUAUGGACAAAUGUAAAGCAUUAAUUCAAACAAGAUGGUUGCUAGAAAGGGUGUGCACAUCACCACAUUUUACAGUGAGAGGAUGUAGCUGAAGGUUUGAACUACUGGUGAUAACAUUUAUUUUUGGCAGUUAAUGAUUUAAAGGAUCUGUAUGCAACAUGGCAGAAAUGCUGACAGAGCUAAAGGUGUUAACAUGGAGGGGAACCAGAGGGUGAGCACUGCCAUUCUGCAGCAACGUCAUUCUGCCACCUUGGGUGGGGACCACGUUAUCAGCGGUGACUGCCAUACAAGCACAGUACAUAUAGGCAGCAAUAGCUAGACAGUGGGAUACACACACAGGGACCAUGGAAGUAUAAAGAAGUAUAAAGAUCUGGACACAGUGUUUGCGGUGGAGCCCUGUUCAUUCCUGGGACAGCUGUUCAGUAGCACAUGAAGCCAAAAAGUUCAACUGCUGUAGUAUGAAAUUAUCCAGAGCUUCUGCAUGGUUGAGCCCGUAGAGCAAGCGCACUAGAGACCCUCGGCAGCCAUGCAGCUAGCUUCCACCAGCCGGACAGCUAACUUAUGGUUAGCGCUCCACUAAGGUGAAUAGGGUUAAAAUGAUUAAAUAGUGAGGCUCUCUCAGACUUUCGAAAUGUUAUCGGAUCGAAUGGAUCAAAUCCCAAUAGUGAAACUAAUGGCUUUGACUGUGAUGCUUAAAAAAUAAUGAUACCUAAGUCUAUGGGAAGAAGUCUUUUUGGGCCAUGUGAACAUGGCACCCGCAACCAGCAGUGCUUCCCUCUCAACCAAAGGACCAUUUCGAUGCUAUGUCCCUAACUGCAGAGGUAGCCUACUGCCAGUAGGGACAUAGCAAAGUUAGGGACAAAGGUGGCUAAGUCUCACUAACAUUAUUCAUACAAGUCAUUUGACAACAAACCAGCUUUUUAGGUCAAGGUUUCCCCAGCAGCCAGCUAGCCCCCGAACUGUAGUAAACACAAGUGCUCAUAUACAGUAUGUGUACUUUUGGACCGGCUCCUCGUUAAAAAAAAAAGUGGUCAUAGAAAUUUGCUUCAAAGUCAUGGAAAGUCAGAAAUUAUUGGUAAAAAUGAGUAUUAAACCUGAAAAACAUAGAGACUCAGAUUUUAACACACACAGAGGGAGCAUGACUUUGUUUCUGCUCAGGACACCAUUACUCCUACAUAGCAAAAAGUUGUUUGCUGCUAUAUCAAUCCUCUGGAUGUUGUAUACAGCACCUUUAAUUUAACUUCUUUUUUAUUAUUAUUAUUAUUAUUAUUAUUAUUAUUAUUAACAAUAUGUACUAUAACUAACUGAAUCAUAAACAUCAGAUUAAAAAUGACUUGAAAAAACAGCUGCAGUUCUGGGGAUUAUCAGUGUUUAGUAGUGCUUUAAUGCUAUCAUGCCCUUGUAAAAGAUACUGUCUUUAGCACACUGCAUUUAUAUUUGGAUUUAGACUUUUAUGUGUAUGCAUCAUAGUUGGCUAUGAGCUGUGUAUAGAUUGCAGUAGUGCCCAGUUUUUACAGUCAACAUGUCUGCCAGCAGACUGAGAGGAGCAGUGAUGAACCACAACACUCUGACCUGGCAAUGGAAGGAGAAAUUAAGUACAUAUUAAACUUUUCAGAGGCACUUUCUGGAAGUAAAUAUUAAUAUGCUGCAUAUAUUUAGGAGCACUUGUAUUGCACUGUAAAUGUAGGCCUAAAUGGCAGUUUUUUGGUAAUGCUGUAGCACUUUGUAUGUAACUACAAAACCAUGUAUUCUCAAACUUGUAUGGUAACUGUACUAAACUGAAUGUAUUAUAUAAAAUUCAAUAAAAUGAUUGUUUUUGUAAAA